UUCAACUACAAGAUAACUUACUGUUCAGUAUGACAUUGGAAUUCAACUUGUCGACUUCUCAAGAAAUAGGUGAUUAAGUAGAGCACUGAUUUUCUCAGGACAAGGUUGUGGCUUGCUGUGAUAUAGUCCAUAGAUAAUGAUUUCCCACAAACUAGUGUUAUUGGCGCUGCUGUUGGUGAUCAUUGGGAGGAUGACAGCCGAAUGGAUUAUUAUCGUCCCUCACAUUCCCGAUCCCCAUAAUGACUCAGGAGCUAGCACCAACCUGACUAUCCAAAAUGGAACCGAUCAGUACCAUGAUGAACCAAUGAUUCUGUCUGGAUCCCCUGCACCGAUGUUCCAUGAUGCAGCAGUGGUUAGUCUUGGACCUCAAUGCGCUGCAAUUGGCAAGGACAUCUUAAAGAAAGGAGGCAACGCAAUCGAGGCUGCAAUUGCCACAACAAUCUGUGAUGGAGUGGUUCGUAUGGAUUUGGUGGGCAUUGGUGGCGGAUUUGUCAUGAAUAUUUAUCAUCAGAGUGAGAAGAAGUCGUACAUACUGAAUGCUAAAGAAACAGCACCCAAGGCAGCCUCAAAGGACAUGUUUAAUGGAAAAGAACACCCUUUGGAAUAUGGAGCUUUAGUAUCGGGCAUACCCGGUCAGUUGAAGGGCUAUCAAGAAGCUUUUAAAAAAUUUGGAAGCGGUAAAGUGACCUGGAGUGAAUUAUUUGAGCCUUCGAUAAAGUUAUGUCAAGAUGGGUUUCCAGUGACUGAUCAGUUUCGCAAUAAUAUAAAAGCCAUAGCAGAAGCAAGCAUGAAAUCAGAUGAUUGGAUGAAUAAGACUGGAUCACUCUGGGCUACAAUAGGAGGUGCAGGAAAUACACAGACUAUUUAUGUGGAUAAAAUUGAAUCGAUUAGAUUGACUCAGUUGGCUGAAACUUUGAAAACUAUUGCCAACUCACCAAAGCAAGCUGACGAGUUCUACAAAGGAUCGCUGACUAAGAAAUUUGUAGACGAUAUAAAACAAGAAGGCGGCAUUAUUACAGAAGAGGAUUUGGCGGAUUACUCAGUGAUCUGGCAAGAAGCAGUUUCAACAGAUAUUGGGCAUGAGGGGGACUCGAAGUUGACUUUCUUAGCAUCUCCUCUGCCGAGCUCAGGGGUGUUCACCAAUUAUGCAAUGAAACUAUUCGAUAAUGGAACAUUGCAAGGCUCAAGCAUUGUUGACCCUGAUAACCUGAGGUUCACAAUCGCCGGAUUCAAAUUUGCUUUUGCCCAGCGCUCCAACUGUGGUGAUCCAUCGAAUAACGCAAGUAGCAAGAGUUGUAAAGUUAGCAGCAUGUUUGAGGACGAUGCAUUGAGAAAAGUGCGUGAGGAAAUAAAAGCGGAUGACGCGUCUCAUGAACAAGACAUCCCUUACUGGGGCGCAGAGAAUGAUUUAAAGGAGGAUUUUGGUGGAGCUAGUGUAGUCGUCUAUGCGAAUGGAGACGCCGUUUCUGUUACUAGCUCACUCAAUUCCCUCUUCGGAUGCAAAUUUGUGUCUCAGAGCACAGGUAUACUUCUGAACAACGAGUUGGACAGUUUCUCGCUGCCGGAUGACCAAAAAACGCUGUUAUCCCCGACACCAGCCAACUUUAUUGGUCCGGGAAAGCGGGCAAUGUCAUCAAUGAGCCCGACGAUCGUACUCAACAAUCAAGGUCUAGUGCAGAUGGUCAUCGGCUCAUCUGGGGGGACUCGGAUCAUCACUUCUACUGCAAGGGUUAUGAUAAUCAACAUAAUUUAUGGGAGACCAGUGAAGUAUGCGGUGGACAGCCCAAGGAUACAUCAUCAACUUUACCCACUGACUGUUUUCUAUGAAGAUGGAAUUCCAGAGGUGAGAGGACAACAUAAGUUUCACUUCACUACUUUACUUUUUCGCCCAAAUAUUCCCUAUUUAUUGAUAAAUUUAUCUGUAUAAACAGCCGCAGAUUUUUUCAAGAAAAUUUUGCGCCGAAAUGGGCUCAAUAAAUUGAAAUGACUAGACGUGCUGUAGCACAAAUGGCUGCACUUACUUAUGGUAGGAAAUAGACGAUUUUCACCAGUCACUGCAAUUUGCUGCUUAAUUAACGCUUGAGUUUCUGAAAGUCCUACUACCUUGAGAAAAAUGAAUCAUAACUCAUGAGUAUAGCAAUGAUGUAUACUUUACGAUUAUUUCAGCUACUCAUCAGAACUACAGUUACUAUUAUAUCAUAUUCUUCAUACAGUAAGUGUAAUCAUUAACAGUAUCUACCUAUUUACAAGAUUCCCCAAGUUAUUGUCAUAAGGUAGGCUAAAUUAUCAGAUUUUUCUAUUAAGCUUUGUUUCAUUCUUGUAUCUAUUUAUUAAGUUAUUGUAAUAAGAUAGGCUAAAUUAU